AUGAAUAAUCAAAACGCCGUGGCCGUGCUGCUGCAGGAGUGCAAGCGAGCUCUGGACGCGCUCCUGUCGGCGAAGGCUGACACUGGCGAGGAAGAUGAGCGAGAAUACCGGCGAUGCCAAGCUUUUCUUCCCGAGGACUUGAGGACCCUUCUGGAGGAGGCAAAGGAAAUGAAGUGGCCCUUUGUACCGGAGAAGUGGCAGUACAAACAAGACCUGGGCCCAGAAGACAAAACAAACCUGCAAGAUAUGAUCAGCGCGAGGCUCCCCGAUUUGCUGGUUUAUUUGAAGGCCUCCAUCAUGGUCAAGGACUGCGUAACGGCAACUGCUAUUGUGUUCCUGAUUGACCGGUUCCUGUAUUGGAUCGAUGCCUCCAGCAAACUUCUUCAGAUUGCCAAGGGUCUGCACAGGCUGCAGCCCACCACGCCGAUCAGUCCUCAGGUGCUCAUCCGCCAGGCUCGCCUCUGCGUCAACACAGGUAAACUUUUAAAAGCUGAAUAUAUCCUAAGCAGCCUUAUUAAUGACAAUGGAGCAACAGGUACCUGGCGAUACGCUAAGGAAAGCGAUAGGAUUCUCGUUCAGUCGGUCUGCUUACAAAUCAGAGGACAGAUUCUGCAAAAGCUUGGGAUGUGGUAUGAGGCAGCAGAGUUGAUUUGGGCUUCAGUUGUGGGAUUUUGCAAACUUCCUCAACCAGAUAAAAAGGGAAUUGCUACUUCCUUGGGUAUUAUGGCAGACAUCUUUGCUUCCAUGAGUGAGAAAGAUUAUGUACGUUUUAAAACCAAUGCUGAGAUUGACCUGGGCCUUCUCCGAGAGUUCAGUCAUCGCUUAUUAUCAGCUGCUGAGGCCUGCAAACUAGCGACAGCCUACAGCCAGUACACCCCGCUGUUUGUCCUCACAGCCGUGAACAUCCGUGGGGUGUGUUUGCUGUCCUAUAGUCACUCCAAGGACUGUCCCCCAGAAAAGAGAAAGUUCUACUUGUCUGAAGCCAAAGAAUCUUUUGAGAUCGGCCUCCUCACCAAGAACGAUGAGAGUCCCGUCACCAGCAAGCAGGAGCUCCAUAGUUUUAUUAAAGCAGCUUUCUGCCUCACAACCGUGCAUCGAUGGCUCUAUGGGGAGAGUGAGAAACUCCGUGAGGUGAGUCAACUGUGUAGAGAAGCCAUGGGAAAACUGCAUUCCUACAGCACUUCAUUUACAGAAGAGGAAGAGAAAGGAAUGCUUGCCAAAGAGAUCAUGUCUCUGAUCACAUCUGUGAAGAAGCACCUGCAAGUGGAAAGCUUCCCUAAUUCUGAUGCCAGGUCUUACGUUCCAGACAGUUAUAAAGGCACAGUGGAAAAACCUAUCCUCCAAGGGGAACCCAACUUCGAAAAAAUCCUUGCCGUGCAUUCUCAGCAUCAUCUGUCAGUGUGUGAAGUGUUUGAAAGUGCUUGCAGGAUUCAUAAAACCGCACCAGGAGAAGCCCAAGUGGGAGCUUGUAUCACAACCUUAAGAACAGAAACCAAAAACAUAGACACUGUGUGUACUACUGAAGAAAUAGCGAACCAGAGGAAAGGCGCUGCGAAAAUGCUGAAUUCACCAACAGCAGGAAGCAGCUCAGAGAGAUUCAGUGGCCAAAGAAAUAAAUACGUUCGUUCUGAUGUGAUGAAAAUUUCCUUCAAUGAAGAGAUUGAGCCAUUAGAAAUAGAAAUAAAUGAUGAAAACAGUGAUUUCAGCAGAUGGCAAAACAGGAGUCAAAGCACUACUUCAGAGAGCUCUUGGUGCAAGCUGUCAAAAUCAAGUUACUCUUCCAGCUGGGAGGAACUGAACUGUAAUAGCAGCAAAGAGUCUCCCAGGGAAGGGCGGCAGCAGGAAAAGGGCUCAGCGGAGGAGCAAUGUUGCACAACAGAGUCUGAUGAAAAUGGUCAAGCUGCAUACUUGCGCUCGUUGCCUCCCGGAGCCUGGCAUCCUUCUCCUCGAGAGCCUCUACAUAGCUGUUGGGGUUCUCCUCAGCCUUCCUCAGAGGCAGGUACGCCCCUAGCUGGGAGGCUGGUAGAGAAGACGUCUCUUUGCGGAGAAGAGCUGCGGGAGGGAAGACACCGUGGAAAGAGCUCUUCAGAAAAGAAAGCAGGGGAUGUGAACAACGCGGUUCCUUCGCUCUCCACCGCUUACUCUGUUCAUACAAGGCCGGAGGAGGAGGAAGAGGAGAAGUCCUCCUCCCGGGCGGAUCUGGGCUGCAGGACCAAGGACAGCGUCGGGGAGGGCGGUGGUGGCCCCGCGUCCCGGCGCCGCAGCCAGUUCGUGUGGGUCCACCCAGAAGGAGAAACUGCAGAUAGCACAGAGGAUCCCUCGUUUGACGCACGUCCCCCCACAAACAGGGGUGCUUCUGUAGUAUCGACGAGCAUCGAGCCGAAAAUGGCCAGCGACUCCUCUGUGCGUGACUGGCUGAGGAAAUCUGCCGUGGUGGGAAACAGAUCUCUCAAAAUGCCUGAAGUUGACACCCAAGCAGAAACAAUAGAUGACACUGAAUUUGAUUGCAUCAGUAUUGCAGACUUAGUAAACAAUUGUCCUACGGCGUCUGUUCCAGAGCAUCACUCAACUCCCAGUGCACCGACAGCUUUGCCCUCGAGGGGAAAGAUAUCCAAAACUGAUCACUUCGACUGUGCCACUACUGAAGAAGAUGAAGAAAAGUCUCAGGACAUGGUGAGCAGCAAGAGACAAUCCAGUUCAUCUCUGAGUUCGUGGUACAAAUCAGCAGAGAUGCCCAAGAGUUCACCUGAAGGUCCAUUUCUGAACCCAAGGGGAAGUGGUUUUAUCUUCAUGCCGGAGAGAACAAAGGAAGAAAUCCUUGACGCUCGAUUCCUGAGGGACGACGAUUACAUGCAACUUCUGGCAGGGGUAGAACGUAAUUGGCUUGUCCAGAGACUGAUGCCUACUGGAAUUUUUGAGUCAAAACAGCUUCGUAAAGCAUACACUGCUCUUCUUUUAAAAUACUCAAAGAAAUCAGGCCUCUGGACAGGCCAAGAAACGGCUGUAUUCAUUGGGGACUACCUGAACGUGGCAAAGGAAGGCAAACAGAGAAGCGCAUUUUGGAUACACUUCCUGCACCAAGAAGAAACCCUGGGAAGGUAUGUUGGGAAAGAAUAUAAAGAAGAAAAAGGACUACUUCAUCAUUUCAGUGACGUGGAACGGCAAAUGACUGCCCAGUACUACGUGACGGAAUUCAACAAAAGGCUAUAUGAGCAAAAAGUCCCUACCCAAAUCUUUUAUAUCCCAUCUGCAGUACUCCUGAUACUGGAAGACAGAACUAUAAAAGGAUGUGUGAGUGUGGAGCCCUACAUCCUUGGUGAGUUUGUGAAGCUGUCCAAUAACAAGAAGGUAGUAAAGAAUGAGUACAAAGCCACAGAGUACGGUCUGGCCUACGGCCAUUUCUGCUACGAGUUCUCCAACGGAACAGACGUUGUUGUUGAUCUGCAAGGUUGGGUGACAGGUAACGGGAAAGGCCUCAUCUACCUCACAGACCCCCAGAUUCAUUCUCUUAAUAGCAAGGAUGUUUCACGCUCCAACUUCGGGAAGAGAGGAAUUUAUUACUUCUUUAAUGAUCAACACGUGGAGUGCAAUGAAAUCUGUCGCUGCCUUUCUUUAACAAGACCCUCAGUAGAGGUGCCAAUGUAG